UAACCGCUACGCAGGGAAUCGCACGUACGGCUGUAUGUGCAGUGCCGUGGUCGAAAUCUUUUUCGAAAAAUUGACAACUGUUUUGGCGCGAGUUCAAUAAUAUUAAAAAGUUAUGGAGUGCCUAAGGAUUGUAUUGUUUACGCUCGUCCUUGUCCUCAGUCUGCUCAUCUCGGCAGAUUCUACGGUUCCCCAGCCAAGGGCACCUAACUUCCAGUAUUUUGAGAGGCCAAAAUACCGGUAUCCGUACUACGACGAGAACGGACGAGGAAAGCUUCUCUACGGCUACGGAGGCCCAGAACUGUACCAAUACAAGUCCUAUUCGCCCUUAGAAGGAAUCCAUUGAUUUAAAAUAACUCGUUAGUUAAUAAUAAGCUCCCUCC